AUGGAAGCCGCGAACAACACAACAGACUGGUUUCAGUUUCUAAACUCUUCAAACGAAACACAAAGUGAAGAGGAGGAGGUGAAGCAGAGCUACCAGGUGGUCACAUCCUUCCUGCUCGGCGCGCUCAUCCUGUGCGCAAUCUUUGGGAACGCGUGUGUGGUGGCAGCCAUCGCUUUGGAGCGCUCUCUGCAGAAUGUGGCCAACUAUCUGAUCGGGUCUCUGGCUGUCACGGACCUCAUGGUGUCGGUGCUGGUGCUGCCCAUGGCGGCGCUUUAUCAAGUCUUAAAUCGAUGGACGCUCGGGCAGAUCCCGUGCGACAUCUUCAUCUCUCUGGAUGUGUUGUGCUGCACUUCGUCCAUCCUGCACCUGUGCGCCAUAGCUCUGGACAGAUACUGGGCGAUAACAGAGCCCAUAGACUACAUGAAGAAGAGGACGCCGAGGAGAGCUGCGGUCCUCAUCAGUGUUACCUGGCUGGUGGGUUUCUCCAUCUCGGUGCCGCCUAUGUUGAUCAUGCGCUCCCAGCCCAGCAACAUGGCAGAAGAGAGAGCGAACCCCAAGCAGUGUGUGAUCAUACAAGACCCUUGGUACACGAUAUACUCCACAUUUGGUGCGUUUUACAUCCCGCUGACUUUGAUGCUGGUUUUAUAUGGGAGGAUUUUCAAAGCGGCCAGGUUCCGGAUCAGACGGACUGUGCGUAAAACAGAGAAAAAGAAAGUUACAGACUCUUGUUUGGCGUUAUCCCCCGCUCUGUUCCACAAAAAGACCCCAGGAGACGGACAGGGGAAGACCUGGAAGAGGAGCGUGGAGCCACGGCCGCUGCCGAGCGUCAACGGCGCGGUGAAACACGCGGAGGACGGCGAGUCCCUGGAGAUCAUCGAAGUUCACAGCAACUCCAAAGGCAACCUGCCGCUGCCCAACACCCCGAGCUCAGUGCCGCUGUUUGAAAGCAGGCACGAGAAGGCGACCGAGGCGAAGAGGAAGAUCGCGCUGGCACGCGAGCGCAAAACGGUGAAGACUCUGGGCAUCAUCAUGGGCACUUUCAUUCUCUGCUGGCUGCCCUUUUUCAUCGUUGCCCUGGUCAGGCCUUUCUGCCAGAACUGCCACAUCCCCAGAGCCCUGGAAGAUGUCAUUAACUGGCUGGGUUACUCCAACUCUCUACUGAACCCCAUCAUUUACGCAUACUUCAACAAAGACUUCCAGAGCGCGUUUAAGAAGCUUUUAAAAUGUCAUUUCUGUAAACAGUGA